GAUAUAUUGGAGAGUUUGAAAUAGUUGAUGACCACAGAGCUGGCAAGAUCGUAGUGAACCUGACUGGCCGUCUUAUCAAGUGCGGUGUUAUUUCUCCUCGUUUUGAUGUCACUAUUAGAGCCAUUGAGAGAUGGACUACAAACCUCCUUCCAUCACGUCAGUUUGGAUAUGUUGUCUUGACGACGUCAGGUGGCAUUAUGGAUCAUGAAGAAGCGAAAAGGAAGCAUCUUGGAGGAAAGAUCCUGGGAUUCUUCUUCUAAAUAAACCUGUGGAUGAAUU